AGGUUUCUCUGAGGUGUGGCCUGUUAGAGCAAUCAUGGCUACUCAACACAAAAAAAGUUCGUACAAUUCUUUCUUGUCAGCUACUCCAACUAUAAAGGAGUUAACUGAGUAUGUUGAUGUUAGUACUAACUGGUACAUAGUUGGUACAAUGCUUGACUUGGAUCAGAAACGAUUAAGAAGCAUUAAAGAACGAGGUGGCUCUGACACUGACAAGAUAAUAGAGAUGUUCAAUCUAUGGCUGACCACUACUCCUACUGCUAGUAGGAAACAGGUACUGGAAACAUUGAGAAAAAAAGUAGUGGGAGAGAAUACUCUUGCUGAUGAAUAUGAAAAGCAUUUGAAGGAAUUACAUGAAGCAACUUAUACACCGCCAUCUACUGAAGCAGUUUAUGUUCUUCAAAGCAAUAUUCAAUCAUUGAAUGAAGCUCUGGUCUCUCCUGUACAAGUGUCUCAACUGUUAUACUGUAAGGGAUGUAUAAGUGAAGCUACUCUGGAUGAAAUGGAGAGGAUAGAUCAGAGCAGGUCACUGGAUGACAAGAAGACCACUCUAUUGACUGCCAUACAAGAAACAGUGUCUAGUGACUACAGGAAACUUAAAGAUAUUGCUACAGUGCUGUCUGAUGUUGAAGAAACAAGAGAUAUAGCCAAUGAAAUAAUGAGUAAUGUUGAAAACAUGCCUGAAGAGGAGGAUCAAGUGGUUCAGUUGUUUACACAAGAGAUGGGAAGUAGUGAUGAAAGUCAUGCUUCUAAUGUAUUGAGGAACAACUACAGUGCUCUCUCUCAGUCAAUUACUGAACCAGUUCGUAUGGCAAGGUUGCUUCAUGAAGAGGUUAUAUCUGAUGAGGCUCUGUCUCGUGUCAUAUCUACAAGAGGUUCUGUCUCUGACAGUAGAGCAGUUCUCCUCAAAGCUGUACGAGGUGCUGUUCACUCCAAUUACAAACACCUGGAGUUGUUUGUUACUGUAUUGAGGAAGUUCUCAAAGACUGCUCAUAUUGGUGAUGCUAUCUUUGAAGCAUACACAAAGCAUUUUAACUAUUAUGAUGAAUAUUCUGAAGAGGCUGAAAUUCAUUUGGCAGAAAUACCUGUAGAUGUAAUGUCAGAAGAAAAUUCCCAAUUAAAGUCUAUGCCUACAAGUUCAUCACUUGAUGAUAAAGAAAUCAAUGAACAUAAUGACAAUAAAAUACUUUUUCCCCGUGAUAUGAGGAAUAAGUUUAUGAAAAUGAGAAGGAAGUUUGGUUCCACGGUUCUUAAAGUCUGUCAUAAAUUUGUUUGCAGAGAAAACGUUUUGAAUAUUGAUGAAAUGAAGGAACUUAUUAGUGACUGGUUUCCUGAUCUGAAGCCUCAACUUUCUUAUAAAAAUACGGUUGGUGAAGUAUUAAAAGUACUGAAAAGAAAGUGUAGCAUCAUUGAUAUAAGUCCCCUUGAAGAUUUAGCUUCUGAAUUUGACAUAGAAGAGGCUAAGCCAAUCAUUAAGUCAUUCAAAGAGGAAGCUAAGAAUUUCUGCAAAUCGGUAUCAGUGAGUCUUUGCCUUGAUGAGAAGCUACAGGCAGUUGCUACUCCGUCUCGCCUUUUAUGUGAAACCGUUGUAUUUGUCUUCAACUGGGAUCCUGAUGAACAUACAUUGCAGGAUAUCAAUGACGUAUUGUUUGAGUUAGAGCCACUACAUAAGUGCCACAUACAGAUGGAUAAAGUUGGUACUGGUCAAUCAGUUGUAGUGGCCUGCUACUGUGCUACUGAAUACACUGGCUUACUAAUAAUGGAUGUCCUUGGUAUGAUGGAUACAUUGCAAAGGAAAGGCUUAAAGGAAUUUAUAGUGGGCAACUUUACUCUGUGGAAUGCUACUCAGGUAGUGAGUAAGAAUACAGUGGUGACAGACAUUCUAGUACAGAUUAAUGACUUAAAAGCUGCUUUAAGAGACAGAGAUGAAAAGAUAAUGGCUACUGAAACAGAGUUAGCAGCAUUCAUGGAGCUAUCAGAAAACAGAUUAAAAGAAAUAGAAGCAGUAAAGAUAGAUCUUUACAAGAGCCAACGCAUCAAUGUGCAAAAAGAAGAAGUAAUUACUGAAUUAAAAGAAAAAAUUUCAAUACUAUUCGAAGAAGUGAUAGAGAAAGAAAAUUUAUUAAAACAAUAUUUGGAAGAAACAGAUUCUGAAGAAUCAUCAUAUGAAGGAGUACCAGAAGCAGAUGAAUCACUCGAUACUAGUACAUCAAAAUCAUCAUAUGAAGAAGUACCAGAAGCAGAUGAAUCACUCAAUACUAGCACAUCAAUAGUACAAGAGGAUGGAGAGGUGGAAUGGAGUCAAGAUGGUGUACACCUUCUUAAUCCAUCAGUAGAUCAAUGUAUGGAGGUAAUCACUAAAUUGGAGGACAAGCAUGAAAUAAUGACACUCACUGACUCUUCAUCUGACAGUAUACAGUUUCUAAUACCAACUAUACUGGAAGGAAGAACAAUCAAGCGACUUGUUGUACUCUCUGCAUUCUUAACACAUGAUGAUAUCCUCUCAUUUAUAUUUCAACUAUCAACCAACAAAUCUUUAACAAUGCUACAAAUAUCUAAUGAUUCGAUCAGUGAUGAUGGAGUCGUUGCAUUGGCACAAUCACUGCAAUAUAAUGAAACACUUGAAUAUUUACAACUUCAAUACAAUCGUGGCAUCACCUCAGCCUGUGCUCAGUCAAUUGCUAAACUUUUAAAUAGUAACAAGACACUUACCUACCUUAAUCUGUAUGAUACUAACAUUGAUAGUCAUGGAGCAGUGAUACUGUCAGAAUCACUUCAGACCAAUAAUACACUAAAUUUACUCUGGCUAGACAGACAACAUAAAGAUACUUGUUCUGCUUUACCUUAUUUUGAGCAAAUUAAAAACAGAUUAAAUUUUUGGUAGACAAUAGAA